CGUCUCCAUACGACAUCGCGUAGUUUUACGUAAGGCAGGCGCUCCGGUUUCCUGGCGGAGAAGAUGGCGGCUCCUGGACCGGGGGAGUAUUUCAGCGUCGGGAGCCAUGUCUCUUGCCUCACCUGCUUGGGCCAACGUCUGCAAGGAGAAGUGGUCGCGUUUGACUACCAGUCUAAGAUGUUGACUCUGAAAUGUGCUUCUUCCAGCGGUAAGCCAAACCUCAACGACGUCAUCCUGAUCAACUUAGCCUAUGUUUCUGAUGUGGACAUAAUAAAUGACCGCACUGAGACUCCACCCCCACUAGCAUCACUGAAUGUUGGCAAGCUUGCCAAUCGAGCACGGACAGAAAAGGAGGACAAGCUGUCCCAAGCCUAUGCAAUCAGUGCUGGGGUUUCUGUGGAGGGCCAACAGCUAUUCCAGACUAUUCACAAAACCAUCAAAGACUGUAAAUGGCAGGAGAAGAACAUUAUUGUGAUGGACGACGUCAUAAUCUCACCGCCUUACCAGGUUGAGAACUGCAAAGGCAAAGAGGGAAGCGCUUUAAGUCAUGUACGCAAAAUAGUUGAGAAACAUUUUAGAGACGUGGAAAGUCAGAAGUCCAUGCAGCGUUCACAAGCACAGCAAACACAGAAGGACUCCACUUUAUCUUCUUGAGUUGGCAGUGUGGGUCGGCCGGGGAAGGCGACGCGGGUGGUUUUGUUCCCACUGCCAGACUAAGUCGGCAUUCCUUGUCCUCAGUCUGAGACCACAAGGAGGAGCGCUGAGGGCCCUGGAUCCAGAAGAUCAAAAUACCAUUAGAUAAAAAAAAAAGACAAAAAAGAAAGAGGAAAGAUUAAAUCUUAAAUUAGACUUUAUAAAGAAUAAUUUAAACAUGAACCAUAAAGCAACCAUAGUUUCCUUAACUAACUUGUCUCAUCCUGCCCCCACUCCUCCCCCCUGUCCCUGAAACCUUUUCUUUUUCCGCCCUCCUUCCUUUGCCUUCAGUUCCAUUUCAGAAAACUAGAGCAGUCAGAAAGGCUUGUUAGCUUUAUUUUCUGUUAUUGUUUCCUUUUUUGCUGUAUCCAUGUUCUACUGUCUGUAUUUUCUGUAUUUUAAACAAAAUGUGACUUGAAAUGCCACACUUUAAAGGACAUUUUCUAAAAUAAAAGUAACAAAAAUUC